GCCCUGCGCUGCUCGGCGCAGACUAUGGAAAGCGAUGCCGCGACUCGGGGCGAUGUUGAAAACUCAGAUGGUGCUAGCGAAUCCAGCAGUCUGGCGGCAAGCCGAAUCCCAACUGCGCCGAAACGUUCGAUCGCGGACGGCUUAAAAAGCCAGGCGCGUCGCUUGCACCGCUGGAUUGCGGCACCCAUUCGCGGCAGGUCCGCCCGACUUGCUGAGUGUGCGGGAUCCCCCAUGCAUCAUCUGCCCCCAGAGCUCCUUGCCGAGAUCUUCAUGCACUUCUGCGAGCUGGUCAUCCAACGUCUACUAUUCACUAAUCCUAUACCUACGCUCGAAAAGACCAUCACUUGUGUGUGCAAGCGCUGGCGCCAGAUCGCGUACGGGACCCCCCAGCUGUGGAUAUACCUGGUCUCGCCGAAGCAGAAUAUCAAGGCGUACCUUGAGCGCUAUGUCCCUCUCGCCAAGGACUGCCUCCUCGACGUGCACGGCCCCAGCGACGCGGACAUGCUCCCAGCCUUCAUGACCGAAAUUCGCCCUUACGCAUCUCAGCUGCGCUCCAUCGCUCUCUUCGGCUCGCUCGCCGACUUCAAUUGGCUCGCGCCGUACGAUAUGCCCAAUCUUGAAUACGCUCGAAUAUUGCGCUGCGCUGAUUGGGUCGAAGAUCCGUCUGCGCGCAUAGCCUUCAUCAAGGACAUGCCGCGCCUCCAGUCGCUCUACCUCUUCCUCGGCGGCCUGUCCGCCGACGUGGUGCGCUUCCCGCCCAUGCCUGCCCUCACGACCCUGAUCAUCAACGUCUCCGGCGCCGCGCCCGAGAUCCUCCGCCCCCUCCAGCAAUGCCGCCGCACGCUGAUCACGCUCCGAGUCGCCAUCUCCCCCGACCAUGAGGGUCCAGGUGCGGCGCCCCCCGAGUCCGCGCCGCCGCCCCUCGAGCUGCCGGCGCUCCGCGGCCUGGAGCUCGAGUUCGACGCCGAGCGACUGUUACGGUACAUCACCGCGCCCGCGCUGGAGACGCUGCAGUUCUCGGGCCGCGAUGCGGGCGCGCCGGUGUUGCUGCUCGACUAUUUGCGGCGCGCGCCCUCGACCGCGACGCGCCUGCGUGCGCUCGACGUCGAGCACUACCAGGUGGAAAGAUGGCCGGGCGCGGCGCUCGAGGCGCUCGCAGAGUGCCUCGCCAUCCUCGAGGGGCUGGAGAUCCUUCGCUUCAGAUCCUUCCACCCGCCUCAGGAGCUCCUGCAGCGCCUCACGGGCGGCGAGGACACGCUACCGCUGCUCCCGAAGCUCAAGCUUGGGAUAUUCGGUAGGGAGCCGAGGGGCGGGGCCAGGCCGUCGAAAGCGUACAAGGCGUUAGUGCGAUCUCGGGCAACGUCCAGGUCGGUGGGUGGCAUCGUGGUGCCGGCAGCGCUGAUCACGGAUAGCUAUCUACUCCGAGGAAAGCCUGUGCAAUGUCCUCCUUAGCUGUACGAGAGCUCGAACAGCGGUACCUCGGGCAGCGCCGCAAGCUUCCCCUUCUUUCUUGUCCUCGCCGACUUGUAGAUGCAUCAGAGAUAGAACUGGAGAGUUCUCUACACUGGACAUGGCUGAUAUGGCUGACGCGUCGGAAGCGGACACUCGUGUAGUGAUAAAAGGAGGAUGCAAGGAGGUCGCGCAUCGUGAUCGAGGACAAGCGCCCGCCCGCACGUGCUCACCCACGUGCGUUAGCAACAUUGGAACAAUGUAAUUGCUCAAGUCAGGCUCGCCAGCUUUAUGACCUUGCAGCUUCUUCAU